ACAGCAAACUGAAAGCAAGCUUUUCCAUGUCGUGUGUUGUUUCGUGUUUUUCUUUCGAUUUUGUUGGUGUAAAUCACCUAAAAUAGGUUUCUGCACAACUUCAGGUUUAUUUUAAGAUUAGGCAAACAAAGGCAAAGUAGAAUGCAAUGUGUGAGGAGGAAGUGGCAAGCAUUAGACUGUCCAUCAAGGAGUCUUUACAGAAUCUUGAUAAUUACAAAGCUUAUCUUAGCUCAGAGUUGGUUAAUGUAAAUUCUACAAGGGAAGGAGUAAAAUGCAGUAUAGCAAAGGCAAAGAAGGAAGUUGAGGAUAAAUUUGAAAGUAUUGAGCAACAACUUCUUAAGGCACUUGCAUUAAGAAAGAAGGACAUUCUUUUGGCCAUAAAUGAUGUUGCCAACAAAGAUCUUGAGCCUUUGAAUAACCUUGAAGAAAAGAUCAAUGGUGAAUUGGAGACUGUGGAGAAAUUAAAAAUACAGGGUAAUGAUAUUUUAGAAGAAGAGGAUUCUGUAAUUUCAGAGAAGGCAGAGCAGACAUUGAAAGAAAUAAACAUACAACAAAAUAGAUAUCCCAAUAUGCCAUGCAUUUCUCAAACGUUGUCAGUAACAUUUGAAGAAAAUCAUAUUGAGUGUGUAAACCAUAUUGGAGAAAUAUCCAUGACAGGGUCGUUGCAGAUUGUCACCUUAGCAGAACAGCCUGGAGGAAUGCUUGUUGAAUGGGAUGAUACAUUUUCAGACAGUGAAUCUGUCACUGAAUACAGUGGUGUCCAGGAAUACAUUUUGCAGUGCUGUUGCACAGACAACAAGGGAAACCAUGAUGGAGCUGUGUUCAAUACUGUUUACAAUGGAGAGGGAAUGUCUCAUGUUGUUACUGACCUUGAACCUCACGUGUCUUAUACAUUCCGUGUUUGUGGACGGUUUGGUAGAGAUGGACGAUGGAGCUCCUGGAGUAUACCAAGAAGUGGGAUGACGACACUGGAUCCUCAUGAGUGGUCUGCUGAGGACUGCCUCAACAUGAAUCAACUUGCCAUCUAUCAACUAAGUAACAAAAGAAGAACAGCUACCAAGGUUUUCCCUGACAGCUCCAAGGUUUUGAGGUCCAAGACUAUGAGCUAUCGUGUAGAGACAGCUCUUCAGUUCAAGAUUGAUGAAACAGGGGAUGACAGUAAUGGCGACGGCAUUGGUUUAACAACAUCAUCCUUUGACUUUAGCAAUUCAAAACAAAACCUUCAGUGUCCAGGGUCUGUCAGUAUCAACUCCAAAGGCUUAGUUUAUGUAAAUGGAAACAGCAUGACCACCCAGAUGCCGGCAUUCAAACGAGGCACUGUCAUUAUUUUCGAAGUCAAUCAACUGAAUCCUGGUAAAUUACGUGUGUCAAUCAGUGUUGACGACAAACAAGUGACAUUUGAUUGGGCAAUUGAGGAAAAAGAUGAUUGCACUAAGUUGUACUUUGCUAUGGGCUUUCAGCAUUCCGGCUGGCAAAUAACUGUAUGAUUAGAAUCAACAUUUUUCAUUCCUUGUUCAGUCCUAUAAACAUUAUACCCAAAUUUAGCUGUCUUAUGGUUUUUAUAUUAAUUCAUGACCAAAUGCAGGUUGAUCUAUGAUGCUAAGAAACAGCAAUUCCUAGAAAAAAGUAUAUGAAUUUUCAAAUUUAGAUGUUGAAUUUUUUCUUCAUGGCACAAAUUAUUAUCAAAAAAUUAAUUAUAUAUAAUGUGAAAGUUUAUUUAAAAUCAAUUUCAAUAGUAGCUAGAUUAUUGCCCUGUUAAUAGACUUUUUUCACCCUGUCAUGCUGAUUAAAAAGAUGAAGAAAAGAAAAAUCAGCUUUAAUAAUAAUGUGUUCCUAUUUGAGCAUGUGUCAUGACUAACUGGAAACUUUUAGAGAUUAAUAACCUUAAAUUUCUUUUCCGUUUCAUUUUUAUCAACACAAAUUUGCUCACUGAAUAAAAUUAGCUUAUUCAGGUUGUCACAUAAAACCUGUUUGACCAGAAGUGCAACCUGUUUUUGAGAGGGCUAAGCAAACCUCAUCUGCUACUGUCAUAGUUACAAUUUAUUAAUCAAAGUUGGUAAGUGGUAAAAUGCUUCGAAAUUUAAGGAUAUUUUACUUAUCUCAAAUGUCAGUUUUCAAAGUCAAAUACUUGUAAAAAGCUUUAAAACUGGGGUGUAUGAUUCUCUAUUGAAUAUAGAGUCUAUCUGUUGUACGACUUUUCUAAUUUGUACAUCAACAAUCUUUACAUGUACAAGCGUGUAUGGAAGUUGUACAACAGAUCCUUAUCUCUAUAUUGGCAGAUUUCUUUUCUAUAUUUGCCUUGGCCUAAGGAUAAUAAAUCAUCUAUCAAUUUUAAUCUCGAUAGAAAGUGGUUUUAAUAGCCAAUUUCAAUACAAUGUAAUAGCUAACUAAGAGAAUUUAUAAAACUAAUAUAGUGAAUGUCAAAUAGCACAACAACAUUUAAACAAAUAAAAUGUUGAUACUAAUUAAUAAUAAAAAAUUACCAAAUA